AUGGAUUCAAUUACUGCUUCCAAAUCUAGGUUAGAAUAUGCUAAGGUUUGUAUCGAGAUAGGGACUAAAGACGAACUGCCUGAAACUGUUGAAGUAAUGCUAACUAAUGGUACUACAACUACUAUCUUUGUUGAUAUUCCUUGGUUUCCUAGUAGAUGUAGGAGAUGCAAUACGUUUGGUCACUCAGAUAAAGGAUGUUUAGCCAAAACAUCCUCUGCCCCUACUACUACUAAAAUCUGGAGGAUAAAAAAUAAUCACAAUGAAAACUUUGAUCUUAAUCCUCAAGAAAAAUCAUCCAUGCCUAUUCCUUUGCCUGAUCCUUCCCUGCAAAAUUCACUGCCAGAUGCUAUCCCUUUAAAAGAUCAUACUGUUUCAAAUGGUAAAGAACAAGUUAAUGAACCUGGAAAUAACAAUCCUAUUCAAAAGCCUCCAUAUUCUGCUCCCAUAACAAAUAACUCUAUAAUUAAGCCUAAAAGAGGUAGAGGUAGACCCCUUAAAAACACAUCAAAAUUUACUAUAAGAGGUUCAACAAAUAGAUUUGAAAUCCUCUCCACAGUAGAUGAAUCUUCUUCUUCUGAGAUUCAACCCAGGAAAGCAAGAACUGCUACUGUUGGGGUUGCAAAACUCAUCAAAGAACUCAAGUCUAAAAAGAAAGACCAUAUUAAUGAGAUCAAAAGGAACUGGAAUAUCAUUAAUAACUAUGAUUCUGCUGUCAAUGGUAGAAUUUGGCUUCUCUGGAAAAUAGGCAUUGAUCUCACUCAUUGCUACUCCAUUGAUCAAAGUAUCACUGUUAAAUGCCUUAGUAAUAACACUUAUUUCAUUAUCACUGCCAUUUAUGGCAGUAAUAGUGGUUCUCAAAGAAGAUCUCUUUGGCAGCAUCUCAAAUUUCUUGAUUCCAUGUAUGGUUCUCAACCUUGGAUUCUGGGAGGUGAUUUCAACACCUACCUCCAUCAUAAAGAAAGCUCUGACUCUCUCCUUCUUGGCCCCUACUCUACAACUGAUAUGAUUGACUUUCAAGAAAUAGUUCAAGACCUAUCUCUCCAAGAUCACCCCUUCUUUGGCCCCACCUUUUCUUGGAGCAACAAACAAAAAGAAACUUAUCUUGCUAGAAAACUGGAUAGGUUGUUAAUCAAUCCUCCUUGGGCUUCCUCCUUUCAAGGAUCUUUUGUUGAAUUUCUUGCCCCAGGUCCCUCUGAUCACAGUAUGGCCAUGGUCUGGACUUCUAAAGAAACUCAAACUAAUAGACCUAAGCCUUUCAAAUUCUUCAAUUUCUGGACCAAACACCCUAAUUAUCUUGAAGUUGUUCAAUCCUCCUGGCAACUUCCUAUCCAUGGCAACCCGUUACAGAAACUUUUCCUCAAGCUUAAACGUUUAAAACCUUGCUUGAAUAAGCUUAACAAGGAUAAUUAUAAUGAUAUUUCUGCAAGGGUAAGGCUUAAGAGAACUGAGCUGGAGCAAAUUCAAAUUUCUAUUUUAAAUUUGCAUAAUUCUAUUGAAAAAGAGUUAACUGUUCAAAAGGAGCUUUUUGCCCUUGAAGAUAAUGAGUUCAUGUUCCUUAAGCAAAAAGCUAAGGUGAGGUGGAUUAAAGAUGGUGACAAAUGCACUAAACUUUUUCACACUGCUAUUGCCUCUAAAUUUAAAAGAGACACCAUUAGGGUUCUUAUUAACAAUGAGGGUAAAAGACUUGAGUCCUAUGAUGAAAUGGCUAAUGAGACUUCUUCUGAGUUUACCAAAACAGUUUCUGUUGAAGAGAUUAAAGAAGCUUUGUUUAUCCAAGGAAAUGACAAAGCCCCUGGCCCUGAUGGUUUCACUCCUAUGUUCUUCAAAAACUCUUGGUCUGUGGUAGGGGAGGUUAUUAUCAAUGUUGUUCUUUACUACUUUCAAGAGGCUAAAAUUCCCCCUGCUUUCAACUCCACCAUUAUAGCCUUGAUUCCUAAAAUUCAAAACCCUAGUAAAGUCAAAGAUUACAGACCCAUCUCUUGUUGCGUAGUGAUAUACAAAAUUAUCAAAAAAAUCCUUGUUAAAAGACUUUCUUUGCUGCUCCCUGAUCUCAUUACCCUCAACCAAACUGCUUUUGUGAAAGGAAGAUCUAUAAUGGAUAAUACUCUUCUUGCUCAAGAAUUGGUAAAAGGCUAUGGUUUUUUCAAAGGUCAGAGAGGUAUUAGGCAAGUGGGCCCUCUUUCUCCUAUUCUUUUUGUGAUGACUAUGAACAUUCUCUCUAAAAUCCUCAAUCUUGUUGCUGCUAGAGGUAAUCUUGAGUCUAAUGUUGGUGUUACCACUGUUCUUAAUCACUUUUAUACCUUGUCUGGUCUUAAUCUCAAUAUCAAUAAGACUGAAUUCUUUGCUGUUGAUAUUUCUAUUGGAACUCUUGAUUCUAUCAAAUCUGCCACUGGUUUUAAACAUGGUUUUCUUCCUAUUAGAUAUCUUGGUGUCCCUCUGGUUACUAAAAAACUAUCUGAAACUGAUUUUCCUUAUUCCCAGAAGGUUAUUAAUCGACUUGAACAAUCAUGUGCUCGUUUUCUUCGGAAAGGAUCAAAUAAACCUGCCAAGGGUGCUAGAAUUAGCUGGAAUAGAAUAUUCUGCCCCAAAUCUGAAUGA